AUGAAUUAUUUAGCUCCGUUAUUAUUGGUCUUCGCGCUUUUUCAAGGCAUCAUAGUUGGCGAGGAAUUUGGAUACGAUGGAAAUCUUGGACCAUUGCACUGGGGAGAGCGAUACCAAGAAUGUGCAGGCAAGCAUCAAAGCCCGAUCAACAUCAACGUGCUGCACGUGAAACAAGUCACGCUACCGGACCUCGAGCUUAUAGGCUUCGAUGACUCCAUAGAUAAUGUCCACGUCACCAACAAUGGACAUACAGUGUUAAUAGAGGUAAAGAAUGAACCACAUCCGCGUGUGAGAGGCGGUCCUCUGGACGGCGAUUAUAUCUUCAGUCAAAUGCACUUCCAUUGGGGCGACAAUGACACUAUUGGGUCAGAAGACAAAAUCAACCACCGAAGUUUUCCCAUGGAACUACACAUGGUGUUCUUCAAAGAAGACUAUAAAACACCUAGCGAAGCUGUGAAACACUCUGAUGGCUUAACAGUUCUUGCUUUCUUUUAUGAGUUGGAUCGUCACGAGCAUCCUGCUUACGACGAUAUCACAUCAGCCCUUGUGAAUGUAACAGAGCCACACACUAGCGUAGUAAUGGACCACCCUUUCUCAUUCCUCAACAUACUGCCUUACGAUCUUAAAAGGUACUUCACUUACCGAGGUUCGCUGACCACGCCGCCCUGCUCCGAAGUUGUUAUAUGGCUGGAUUUUGAACAGCCUAUCAGGCUUGAACGCGAACAGAUUGAAGCGUUCCGACAGAUCAGAUCGGCGCAUGGCAAGAUCACGCAUAACUUUAGACCGAUACAACCUAUUGGAGAUAGGGUCGUGUUUUACAACGUAGAUAGCAAUUACUACGUGUACAACGAGCUCGAUGAAACCGAAUGGACAACGACCCAUAGUCCGUCUAAGAAAAAAAAACAUGGCAACAGCGCUGUCACUACUCUUCCAACAACUUUACAUUCACUUAGUCUUAUAUUUGUUUUGUUUAUUGUAUUGUGA